AUGAAAGCACUGACCACAUCGCCGCCUUCGCAGUUGAAUAAUGAAACUUCACCACCGAGAAAACGGCCAGCUGAGUGUGAAAUAUGUCUUCGUGCAGCUAAAGGACAUCACUGUGGUGUUGCAUCUUGUAAGGGCUGUAAAACUUUCUUCCGAAGAAUGUGUGUUUCGAAUACUGAAUUCAAAUGUAAAUUGAAUGAAGACUGUUUUGAUCUUUCAAAAAGAACUGUAAUCCAUUUACGAUGCCAAGCGUGCCGUUAUAAAAAAUGUAUCGAUGUUGGGAUGAAUCCCCUGGCAUUGGAAUUAAAAAGUGAAGAAGAGAAUGCACUGAACUUCAAGCAGCUUGUAAAAAGAACCAGAGAUGAAGAACAACAAGCUAAUCUCAAAAUAUGUGUGUUGGAAACAAGAGAAACCAAUUCUAAGCAGGUGAUAAACAUGCUAUCCUACCUGGAACUGAAGAUCGAACAGUUCCGAAUAUCAGCCUAUAAUCCAAGUUUUUUCGAGUUUGGAACAUUUGAAGAAAUGAUAUUACGGCAGAGUCGAUUUGGUAUAGCGGAUAGAUUAGGGCCAAUGCCCGGAUGGCCACUUCCAAGAGACAAAAUAGUGAAAGAAGACAUCUUAGGAAAAUCUGGAAUUAGAGAUGUUCCAGAUAAGCCAGGCCAUUUUUCACCCAACAAAAAAAUUUGGAUGUUAAUCAACACUCUAACCAAUAUUGAGUAUGCAAAAACGUUUAUGUUUUUCCAUAAACUUGACUUUGAAGACAAGGCGAUUUUGAUCUCUCAUGUCACAUUGAUCUGUAUGAAUUUGAACAAUACUUAUUUUGCGAUCUCGAAGAAAAUUGAUGAAUGUUUGCAGCCAGAUGGUACGAUAACUCCACAAAAUGAUGAAUACAAUUAUCCUGCUUUUUCGAUGGCAUUCGCCCCAUUAAUCCGUUGUAAUGUUCAACCGACAGAGUACGUUUUACUCAAAGCAAUUUGCCUCUGCAAUCCGACUAUACAUGGUUUAUCGGAGCAUGCGCAGUCAAUCAUUAUCCCAGAACGUCAGCAAUAUGCAGAUGUUCUCUUCGAUUACUGUGUCAAACAUCAUGGUAAUGGUGCUCCCAGUAGGUUUGCAGAGCUUCUUGGAAUUAUACCAAUUUUGGAGCAACAACAACAAAAGCAGAAACAUAUUCAUAUCUAUCAUAUCGCACCGAUAAUUGCAAAAUACGAUAUGGUUUUGGGUUUUCUUGAUGAUAUUAUGUUUUCCUAG